UUAUCGUGUGCGACGGCGACCACGGCCGAACAAAGACCGCCUCGCCCAACCAGCUCCUGCAGGAUCCUGGCUAGAUUCGACCCAAGAUUACCGUAAUUAAUACAUUACCGUAAUUGAGUCUUUGUUUUGGUGUAGGAGCUCCGUCGACCACGCACAACAGCAACAGCAAUGUUCCGGGUACCGUCGUCGACACCACCCUCGACGCCCAACUCCCGCCGCCAGAGUCGCAGCAACGCGCCGCCCUCGACGACGCCCGCCGGCCAGCCGCGCGACGACUUGUUCUAUUCCACGUCCACGCCCGCCGGAGCGCCCCCAGCCAUGAACGACCUGUUCGACAACGCGCGCCCGACCUUCACCCAGCCCUCGGGCUACAACUUCAACACGUCGCUCUUCGACAGCUCGCCGCCGAAGCACGGCUACAACCUGGAGGGCGUCGGGGCAGGAUCAAUGGGCAUGUCGACCACGGGCCGCCCUACCACAGCGCGCGGCCGCACCACCAGCUCGGGAUACCGCGUGCCGAGCAGCCCACCGCGGCCGGGCGACGACGACGAGUACGGGUCGGAAGAGGGCGAAGACGACGACGACAUGGACGAGUACGACGAGUACGACGACGACGAAGACGACGAGCAGCUGCGCCUCUCUGCCCAGCGACGCGCAAAGGCCCAGAAUCGCUUCUCGCAGUCGGUCGUCUCCCACACCAGCGCGAGCGACCUGGAACAGGGGCCCAUGCUGGUGCGGGCCGGCGCAAAGCAGACGCAGUUCGACCUGCUGCCCCUGGCCAAGGGCCUGACACCGAACGUCGACCGCGCGACGCUGCAAGAGCCCGACCACGUGAUACUGGAGACAGAGCGCCUGGCGGGGGAGGUGCAGGCCUCGCUCGACUCGGACUCGCCAGAAACAAGGAUAGGCGUGCUUUCAGACAUCGCACAGAAGCUCGUCGCGUCGUGGCAGGCUGCGUCGCGCACAUCGUCCAAGGCAGGCGCAUCGUCGGCCGCUGCCCUCUCCAACGCCUCCCGUCUGGCCAGCCUUCUACUCACCCUCCACCACCCGCCGCCAAUCGCACACAACCAGCGAAGCACCGCCCUGUCGAUUGCCCCUGCACGCCCCGAAGCGCGCCAUUUCACGCCAAUCCCCAAAGUCCUCCUCAGCUGGCUCAACAACACGUACGCGGCCGUGUCCGAGGUGGAGCUGGUUCUGAAGGAAUCGCGCGCAUACUCGCGGCAUCCCUCCUUCUGGGAGGCUGUCCAGGCGUCUGCCGUCCGGGGCAACUUCGACAAGACCCUGCAGCUGCUCCAGGGUGCCAAACUCGAGAACGCAGCAACAGCGCAAGAAGAUGGAUUGGGCGACGCUGGAUACACGGGAUCGCACCUACGGCAUGCAAACGACGCGGUCCGCACCGCCAUCGACCUCCUGCGCGAGUGCCCGGCGGUGGCUUCAGAUGACUGGGACGUCAAGGGCCACGACUGGAGCAUCUUUAGACAGCGCACCCACCAGGCCUAUGCCAACCUCCAGGAUUUUGCAGAAGGCGAGAGCGCCAGCCGACACGCCGUUACCCAACCCUUCCAAGCGUCACAUUUCGGCAUCUCGCAAUCGCAGGCCAGCUUCCACUUGAGCGUCACGAGUCGGAAGGCAGAGAGUAAAGUGCCGUGGUCCAUCUACGAAAACCUGCGCAAUCUCUACCAGCUUCUGCUGGGCAACGAAGAGCAAAUCCUUGCCAUCUCGGCUGACUGGAUCGAAGCUGUGCUAGGGCUUGCGAUAUGGUGGAACGGAGAAGAAGAGGAUGUUCACCAGGGAAGCCUUGCCGCGAGUCGUCGAUCCUUGAUGCGUUCACAACGAGUUCGUCCCGUCGAUGUCACUCCUGUCAAGGCAUACUGCCAGCGCUUGUCGUCUGCUUUGGCUGCAGUGAUUGAGAACAGCGACGAAGACUUCAGCGUCAAUGCCACCGACCGCUUCGAAGUGGGAAUUGCCUGCAUCGUAGACGACAACAUUGAGGGUGUCUUGCGAAUACUCCAAGGCUGGUCGCUCACGGUAGCUUCAGCAGUCGCGGAACUUGCUAGUGCGGGAGAGUGGUUUGUGCGCGCAGACGACAUCAUGGGCCAGUUCAACCAGGACGACCUCAUGGUGCUGAGUUACAACGGGCCACAACGAUCGGGCGUGUCCAAGGAUGACUUGCUCAUCGCCUACGCAGACUUACUAGCGGCCAAGGGCGAGAUCUCUGGUCAAGAUGGCCAGCAGUCUCGAGAAGGCUGGGAGUUGGCGAUCCAGAUCCUAGGAAGACUCGACGACUCCGUGACAGCCAGUGAGCGCGUUGAACGGCUGCUUGUCGACCUCCCCCUCGAGUCAGCCACGCGAGUAGACAAAAUCACACAACUAUGCCACAACAUGGGUCUAUCGCAGCACGCCCUGACCAUCGCUCUGAAAUACGCCGACCACCUCCGCGCCAACACACAAAACUACGGCGACACCCUCCUCUACUACGCGCGCGCCCACGCCGCGCCAAAAAUCCAAGACGUCCUCCGCGUCCUCGUAGCACACUGCCUCAUCAAAUCAGUCGCCUACCCCCCGCCCGCCGACCUCGACCCCUCGCUCGCCUCACUCGUCACUUCGCCCAAGCAGACACUGACUAAGCUGGCAAGCCUCGACCCGGAGGCCGCGGCCCUCCUGUCCAAUCAUCUCAGCGGCUACGCCACACUGCGCAAAUACUACGACCUGAGAGACGAAGAGGUCCUGCUGAAGCCUGGCGAGAAGCCCGCACACGGGCCCAUGGCGCGGAAACGUGCAGCGGCGAACGCGCUUAUGGUCAUCAUUGCGAGCGCGGCAUCUAGCAUACGCGGCGGUCUGUAUGACCCGGAGGUCGAGACUGUGGUGCAAGUCGACGUACUACUACCCUUGCUAGGCGAAGCCCUCGUCUUCGUAAACCAGCCAAAACGCACUCUCACCCUCCGCCACCUAUACGACCUCCUCGCCGCAGUCGAAGACCUAGACACCUCAUCCAGCUUGAUCCGCGCCCAGUGCGAAGAAGUCCUCGCCACCGCCCUCGCUGCCGCAUACGACCCCUCGUCCCCAGAUACACACAACGCGCUGCACAAGUCCCUGUCUAAUAGCACGGCCGCCUCGUCGUCGGACCAGUACUCCAUGCUUGGCAGUAUGGACUUUGGGCUGGGUCAGAGCUCCGCUGUGCUGGUGGGCGGUGGGCGCGUCGAUGAGGGGCGGCGCGCGUGGGAUUGGCGGAAGGGGUUUGUGCGUGGGGCGAAGGGGGCGGAUGUGGUGAGGGUGUUGAGGUUGGGGAUUGCGAGGGAGAUUGGGAGGGCGUUUGUGGAGGGGGAGGUUUGUGCUUGA